AUGUCAGAUUUAGAAGCAGACCUGUUUGAACUGUCCAUGUCCGAAGAAGCUCAGCCAUUAAUGGCGGCAGUGAAAAAACACAUCACCGAUAACGUGUUGCCCAUCGUUGAUGAAUUUCAGGCAUUAAACGAAGGUAAGGAAGAUCGCUGGAGCUGGCACCCACGCCAGUUAGAACUGCUGGACGGCGCCAAAGCUAAAGCCAAAGAGUCCGGUUUGUGGAAUUUUUUCCUUCCUGAUGCAGAUACGGGUGAAGGUCUGAACAACCUGGAUUACGCGUACAUUGCAGCCGAACUGGGUAAGUAUCCCCUGGCUUCUGAGACUUUAAACUGCAGCGCGCCUGACACCGGCAACAUGGAGGUGCUGGAACGGGUAGGUACUGAGGCGCAGAAAAAACAGUGGCUGCAACCGCUGCUUGACGGUGAGAUCCGCUCAGCCUACGCCAUGACCGAGCCGGCGCUGCCUUCUUCUGAUGCUAAAAAUAUCAGCACCAGCGCGGUCCUCGACGGUGACGAGUGGGUCAUCAACGGUGAAAAAUAUUACAUCUCCGGCGCUGGCGACCCACGCUGCAAGAUCAUGAUCACCAUGGUUAAAACCAGCCCUGACGCAGCGCCCAGCCGCCAGCAAUCACAAAUUCUGGUACCCAUCGACACCCCCGGAGUUGAAAUCCUCGGUGGCAUGGAAGUCUUCGGGGAAGACCAUGCACCCCGCGGUCACAUGCACCUGCGUUUUAACGACGUGCGGGUGCCAAAAGAAAAUAUCCUGCUGGGUGAAGGUCGUGGCUUUGAAAUCUCUCAGCUGCGAUUAGGGCCGGGACGCAUCCACCAUUGCAUGCGCUCCAUCGGCAAAGCAGAACUGGCGCUGGAACUGCUGGUGAAACGCGCUGGCAGCCGCACCGCAUUUGGUAAACCCAUCGCCAAGCUGGGCAAGAACAUUGAAAUGAUUUCCCGCGCGCGCAUCGAAAUUAACGCCAUGCGGUUAUCCGUUCUGCAGGCUGCCAAAGCGAUGGAUGUAUUGGGCAAUAAAGAAGCCCGCGUCUACGUCAGCGCGGUGAAAGCGAUGGUGCCGGAAAAAGUCUGCGAAAUUAUUGACCAGGCGAUACAGAUCCACGGUGCUGCAGGUGUGUCGCAAUGGACGCCACUGGCCGGCCUGUAUACCGAUAUGCGCCACCUGCGUUUUGCUGACGGUCCUGACGAGGUGCACCACAUGGUGGUUGGCUACAACGUCAGUGCAGUGGAAAGCUGGAUCAGCCAGCACGUAGCUGAUCUGAAACCGCCGUUCAAAUGGACCCGCCUCGAAGGCGGGCAUUCCAACUUGACCUAUCAACUGGAAGACAGCGAAGGUGCGCUCGCAGUGAUCCGGCGCCCGCCUCAGGGGCAACUGCUGCCUAAAGCCCACGACAUGUCACGGGAAUGGGCUCUGAUUUCAGCACUGGGACAAACGGAUGUGCCGGUGCCUGCUGCUUACGGUUUUUGUGAAGACCCGGAAGUGACCGGCGCCUGGUUUUACGUGAUGGGCCACAUCAAUGGUCACCCACUGUAUACCUCAGAUGAUACACGUCAGUGGGUACCUGAAUCAGAACGCCGCAAAAUGGCUAUAUCAUUUAUCGAUGUGCUGGCGCGCCUGCAUGCCGUCGACCCGGAUGAAGUAGGCCUGGGCGAACUGGGGAAGAAGGAAAACUAUGUCGGGCGCCAGCUGAAAACCUGGUAUCGAUCCUGGACGUCAUCGGUGGAGCCUGCAGAUUAUGACGACCCACGUGCUCACGAGUUGCAACAGUACUUUUUGGACCAUAUGCCUGAUCAGGGACCGGCGCGGGUGGUACACGGCGAUUAUGGCCUGCAUAACGUCCUGAUUGGUCCGGAACAUACCGUUGCAGCCGUUGUUGACUGGGAAAUAUCAACCUUGGGAGAUCCGUUAGCAGAUCUGGCUUACGCCUUGAACGCAUGGCCCGACCCUACCGAUGCGGAACCGAUUGUGCCGGAAGCCGCUACCGCGCCACCUGGAUUUCCCACCCGCACUGAACUGGCAGACCGUUAUGCGGAAAAAACCGGUCGAGACCUGUCGCGAUUGAAUUACUACGUGGCCUUUAAUCGCUGGAAAACCGCUGCGAUUGUGCAUGGUGUUUAUGCACGCUACUGCGAGGGCAAAAAAAGUACCGAAGGUAUUGAUCUGGAAGAAAUGCGCAAUCGAAUUGAUCGCUCGUUUCAUGACCUGUAUCUCUGGUAUGACGAAAUUGUGGACGCAGACCCUGAAGCCUUCGAUACGCCCACCUACUUCGAUCUGAUGCAGACCAAUGCACUCACACCAUCAGGCGCGCGCAAAGAUCAGUUCCAUUUCACGUUUGAUACCGAAGCCUGGAGAGCGUUGAGUCAAUCCGGUGAAAGCGCCGGCUAUGGCGCUGAAUUUAUUCUGAUCAGGGCAACACCGCCUAGAGAGAUUGUCGUGGCAUUGGUUGAACCGAAUUCUCCCGCUGAUCAGGCCGGCAUCACACGUGGCUCCAGAGUCCUGCUGGUAGACGGCGUAGAUGCCAUUAACAACAACACCCAGGAUGGCGUCGAUGCGCUCAAUGCAGGGUUGUUCCCCAGCAGCAUCGGCAGCAGCACACGACUGCGCAUUUCAGACUUUGACGACAGCAACGUCCGUGAUGUUGACCUGGUCUCCGAAACGAUUACACAGAACCCGGUACCGGUCACCGACGUGUUCCAGACCAGCAGCGGUCCGGUAGGUUAUCUGUUGUUCACCACCCAUAUAGCACCUGCAGAAGCCGCCCUGGUUGCCGCCAUCGAAGACUUUGCGACCGCGGGUAUUACCGAUCUGAUUCUUGAUCUGCGUUACAACGGUGGCGGCUUUCUCGAUAUCGCUAACCAGAUCAGCUAUAUGAUUGCCGGGCCUUCCGCGGCAUCGGGACGGGUAUUUGACGAAACUCAAUUUAACGACAAGUACCCAACGGUCAAUCCGGUCACUGGACAGGCACUGGCACCCACAGCCUUUCAUGAAGUGACUCAGGGCUUUUCACUGUCGCCCGGGACACCCCUGCCGAGCAUUAAUCUGAAUCGGGUGUUUAUACUGUCCAGCGCGGAUACCUGCUCCGCCAGUGAAGCUAUCAUCAACGGUCUGCGCGGGAUUAACGUGGAAGUAGUCCUCAUCGGUGAAACCACCUGCGGCAAACCCUACGGCUUUUAUCCCACCGACAACUGCGGCACCACUUAUUUCACCAUUCAAUUCCGCGGCAUCAAUGCGCAGGGUUUUGGUGACUACGCAGACGGCUUUAUCCCCAGCGAAAACCCGGUUGAAACCGUGGAAGUACGAGCCUGCGAGGUGGCGGACGACUACAGUCGCGCGUUAGAUGCCGGGUAUGGUCAUCUCCAGAUGAACGUUUUGCCGGGCAUUUCGUUACUGCGCUGUGUGUGCUUGCUGAGCUUGCCGCUUCUUGUAUCCGGCUGUCAGGCAAAGUCUGAGCCCUACCAGGGCGCGUACGUUGAUCAGCUGAGUGACCAGCAGAUCCAGGAGGUCAGCAGCGUGAUCCAAAAGGAUCUGGCGCUGAACGCGGCGCCUUUGUUAUCCGCCAAUGUCUUUCAGAAAAGUCCUAUUCUCGUUUUGGCACCUGCGCUUGCCAAUACGCCUCAGGGAAAACUCGCCACCGGCCGUAGUAUCGAACCCCCACCGAGAUUCCAACUGAUCGCUAACAGUGAAGAUUGUCUGCUCGAAAAUGUAGCAACAGGCAGCAGAUACGCCUUGAGUUUCGGCUGCAUGACGACAAAGCCGACACAAUUGAGCCGCGACCUGUGGAUCGAUUCGCGACAGACAAGCAUUCCCAUCACCCUGGUAAAGCCUGUCAGCGGCAACCAGCCUGCGCCACUGGUUAUCCUGAUUCACGGUCAUGGCGGUACGCGCCACGAGGCAGGCGGUUUCACCCAGGUCGCCCAGGCGCUCGCGCAACAGGGCAUUGCCAGCGUACGCAUGGAUUUUCCAGGUUGCGGGGACAGCAAAGAGUCUUUUGCACAAAACAAUUUAUCUAACAUGUUGGCGGACAUUGCCGCCGCACAUCAAUACGCUGAAACAGAACUGGCCAUCGAUUCGAGUCGCAUCGGCGCACUGGGGUUCAGCAUGGGUGGCCGCCUGGCUCUCCUGUACAGUCAGGCGAUGCCAGUCAAAUCCAUGGCUUUGUGGGCACCCGCGGCCACUGAUGGCGCGGUUUCACUGGUCGAGAUGUUUGGCGGCCAAUCCGGCUAUGUGCAAAUGAAAAGGCGAGCAGAGCAGGAUGGCGCCGUACCAUUCACAACCUCAUGGGGGCAGCAACAGCUUCUCGGGCACCAGUUUUUUACCGAUAUUGAAAACUCACAACCCAGCUCUGCCAUCAAGCAGUUCAGCGGCAACCUGUUCGUGUUGUAUGGCAGCCUGGACCAGGUGGUGAAGCCCUCUGUGCCGCAAGCUGUCUAUCAACAGGCAAUACAGGCCCGCGAUUGGCACACCUGCCCAGACGCGGUAGUCUUCUUCCAGGAAAGGGGAGACAUCAUGAGAGACGUUGCCGGCUCAGAGUUUGGCGAUUUAUACGCAGCCAAUUGUGCGGUAUGCCAUGGAGAGAAACUCGAAGGUGCAGCUCAAGGGGCACCUCUGCUUGGGGUUGAGCUUAAACACGGCCAGAACGUCGAGCAGCUGAUCACAAGCAUCAGCGACGGUUUUCCAACACAGGGUAUGCCUGCCUGGAGGGAUACACUCACGCUGCAGGAAAUCAAAAGUCUGGCAUUGUGGAUAUCUGAAAAUCGCAGCGGGUUGCUGUAUUCAGACUUUAAAAUAGACAGCGAACUGCAAAUCCCGGCAGCUGUGCAGCACAGCGAACAUCACAACUUUGUCAUCACCACGGUUGCAGAGCAUAUCGAUCCACUGCCGUUUUCCAUCGCACCCCUGCCAGAUGGACAAAUCCUGGUAACAGAAAAAAUGCGCGGUUUGCGCAUCGUCUCCACCGACGGCAGUUUAUCUCCGCUUAUCACCGGCACACCGGCAACAUACGGCGAUGCGCGCACCGGCGGGGGUGGUUUGGAAUAUGGUAUGGGCUGGUUGCUGGAUGUUGCUUUGCACCCGGACUACGAGAACAACGGCUGGGUUUAUCUACACUACACCGAUCGCUGCGAAAACUGUAAUGACAUCAGUCGGGAAAUGCAGCGACCCGUGUCUAUGAAUGCACUUGUCAGAGGGCGAAUAGAAGACAAUCGCUGGGUAGAUGAACAGAUCAUAUGGAAAGCAGAUCUGGCCUACUACUCACCCGCCUCGGACGUGGCCGCUGGUGGCAGAAUAGCAUUUGAUCCGGAUGGUUUUGUAUUCCUCAGCAUCGGCAUGCAGAGUAUUGAUCUGAUUCAGGAUCUGAGCGCGCCGCACGGCAAAAUUCUGCGCCUGCAUGAUGAUGGACGCAUACCUGCAGAUAAUCCUUUUAUUGACCACCCAACAGCCAACAAAGCCAUCUGGAGCUACGGUCAUCGUUCGCCCCAGGGUCUUGAGUUCGACCCGAUUGAACGCAAACUGUGGGAAACCGAGCAUGGACCCAGGGGUGGUGACGAGGUUAAUCUGCUGCUGCCCGGUCACAACUAUGGGUGGCCAGCGUUUUCCAAAGGACAGAACUACAACGGCUCACAGGUCAGCUGGGGCAAGAAACAGGGCAUUGAGCUGGAGCUCAAAGAUAUUGAUCAACCCGUGGUGGACCUGACUCCCUCCCCCGCAGUUUCAAGUUUUGUGCUCUACGAAGCAGCUGCUUUCCCAGCCUGGAAACACCAGUUCCUGGUCGGCUCCCUCAAAGCAGCUGAUGUUUAUCGGCUGAAAAUAGUGGACAACAAACUGAUUGAGCAGGAGAUGCUGAUCAGGGAUCUGGCGCGGAUACGGGAUAUUGAAGUAGACCCCAACGGCCAUAUUCUGCUGCUUCUGGAACACGCCAGCGGCGGCAGAAUUGUGCGUAUCAGUCCUGCAACGGAAGGUCAGCAGACGGCUGCGGCUGCACCACCUGCUUCGUCGAAGCAGUUUUACGCACCACAUAACGCAGAUAGAGAACCUGGCAUCAAUGGCAUAAACUGA